AGCAGACGUGGCUUUUUCGCUGUCCGCCGUCCGGUGCAGCGUGGCCGGCUCCAAAAAAGUUUGCGUCUGCAGCUGCGUGAUCGAUCUCGCGUCGCUCACUUUUCAAAGAGGAGCACGAUGAGGUGCCUCGCGGUUCUGAUCGCUGUCACCGUCUGCGCGCAACCCGCGCUGAGCGGCGAAGAGGAGCUCAAAGUCGAAGUUGUAAAAAGUUCCGAGAGCUGCAGCCGCAAGAGCAAAAAGGGAGACAUCCUGUCGAUGCACUACACCGGCACUCUACUAGACGGCAAGGAGUUUGACUCCAGCCGGCAACGGGGCGAGCCGUUCCGCUUCCAGAUCGGCUUGGGCCAGGUGAUCAAGGGCUGGGACCAGGGCUUGCUCGACAUGUGCGUGGGCGACAAGCGCAAGCUGACCGUGCCCCCGUCGCUGGGCUACGGCGAGGCGGGCGCCGGAGACCGCAUACCGCCUGGCUCGACGCUCGUCUUCGAGACCGAGCUCACCAAGAUCGAGGACGGACCGCCGCCCGUCAACGUCUUCAAGCAGAUCGACAGCGAUCAAGACGAGCAUCUGACGCGUGAAGAGAUCAGCAAAUACCUGAAAGAGCAGCUCCCAGCCGCACAGGCUGCUGGACUCAAGGACCUGCCAGACACGGACAAGAUGGUCGAGGAGAUCUUCCAGCACGAGGACAAGGAUCGCGACGGCGUCAUCUCCAAAGAGGAGUUUAGCGGCCCCAAACACGAUGAGCUCUAAUCGUGUCUUUCUUGCAACAACCCAUCUUGACUUUGUGCGAUCACGCGACACGACAAGAGCAUGCAGUGACCAUUUCCGGGGUGCCCAUUUGUCACACUGCACUUGCACUUCAAAUAGGGCGUUAAAUGUUAAACUUCUUGCUAAGGUUCACUAGUGCCUCACUCACCACUCUACACGCCAACCAAAAACACAUCUUCGAGGGAAAAGAAGAAGGGAACAAAUCAUGUGGCAGCUACAGCCGCAACCAUUGCUCAGUUUUGUACUCAUGUGAGAAAAAAAAAAAAAAAACA